UCUCUUCCAAUGUCAAGAAUGUUACUUAUCGGUAGGAGAUAAUAAUUUUGGAUGCAGGCACUAGCUCCUAGAUUUCAUCAAAACUAGCAUAUCCAUGUAUAAUUAUCGAUUUGUUGAAUAAACUCAUGAAUAUUAGUCGUAUUGUUAUUCGACAUCUAUCGACUAUGUACAAAGAUUCUGCAACGAAUUUGGCCUCUCUCAAGCCAAUUGAAAUUAAAACCUGGCUUGACUCUUUUGACACAGUGCUCACCGAUUGCGAUGGUGUCAUCUGGGUGGAAAAUGAACCACUGCCGCUUGCAACCGCGGUGAUUAAUAAAUUUAUCGAGAAUGGCAAAAAGCUGUUUUUUGUUACCAAUAAUUCAACUAAAACGCGAUCCGAGUUCGUAGCCAAAGCUGUGGAAUUGGGUUUCAAUGUCGAUGUUGACAAUAUUAUCUCUACUGCAUAUCUGGCUGCUCAAUAUCUGAAAGCGAAAAAUUUCAACAAAAAGGUUUAUGUAAUAGGUACUACUGGAAUCACUAAAGAACUGGAGGCGGUAGGCAUUAGACAUAUUGGUAUCGGUGCGGAUAAUCUUCAGGGAACUUUAACUGAAGCAGUCAGAAACUUCAAUCCAGAUCCAGAUGUAGGCGCUGUGAUUGUUGGUUUUGAUGAGCACUUCAGCUUCGUAAAGAUGAUGAAGGCGGCAUCGUAUCUUAACGACCCAGAAGUUAUUUUCAUCGGAACGAACACCGAUGAACGCUUCCCGCGUCCGGAUAGAGUUAUUCCUGGUACUGGCAGUAUCGUCAACGCAGUAACAACAUGUGCUGAACGGACACCAACGGUUAUGGGCAAACCGAAUAAAUACAUUUGUGAUAUUUUGGAGCAACAGUACAUGAUAAAUCCAGAGCGUACAUUGAUGAUUGGAGAUCGUUGCAAUACAGAUGUGUUAUUGGGCAAGAACUGUGGUUUUCAGACUCUGUUAGUUGAGACAGGAAUUCAUAAUGCAAUAGACGUAGAAAAAUUUUCGCGAUCCGAUGACUCAGAAAUCAAAAGAAUGAUACCUGAUAUAUACUGCAGUAAAUUGGGAGAUCUGUUAGAUCAUCUUUAGGUGAUAAUACAAACUUUUAGAAAAUUAUGUUCUGUGUGGUUCGUUGUUGCUAGGCUUUGUUUAGAUGCAGGAUCAAAUCAACAAUAAAGAUUUAAAUAGUUGAUUUUCAA